UGCAAAAACGCAAGUGAGAUCGCGCCAAGUUAGAAGCGCGAGACGACAGAGAGAGAGAGAGAGAGAGAGGAACGAGUUCUCCGCUGCUGGCGCUGCUGCUGAAAGGAUUCCUCUCUCUCCGGCUCGUUUCGUCUCAGUCGUCGCGUGACAGUUGCGCGUGUCGUUUGUGCGUGUCGCCGCACGUCGUCUACGCUCUCCCUUUCGUGCGUGCAUAUCGUGCCCCGCCGGUAGCAAUUAUCACGACGCGUGAUAAGCGGAAAUCAGCGGUUCGCUCGCUGAGAAAAAUCGGUCGGUGUGAUCAACGACAAAUGACGUUGUCACACCGUUAUCACGCCGUGUGCUUGUCACCGUGCGCGGAAGGGGUUAAAGCGCGAAGUGAGGUUAAGUCGUCCUCGUGAGAGAGAGAGAGAGAGAGAGAGAGAACGAGCGCGCACACCCCGUCAUGACUCUCCCGCGAAGAUGAGGCGAAACGUGAUCAGUCUGAUCAAGUUCUCCUUCCUGGCGGCGUUCACGGUGUUCCUCACCGUCGUCGUGUUCCGUUACAUGCGGGCGCCGUCUAACCGUCAGCUCUCGACGCCGCUCGACACACUGAUCGCGGCGGUCGCCGUCGGCCCCCGCAGCCCCGGCGACGGCCACCGGGAGAACGACGAGCGUCCGAAUCAGGAUCUGGAUGACAAAAUCGACUGGCAUGACUACAAGAAGAUCGAAGCGGAGAACAAGCGAAGCGGAAUGGGAGAACACGGGAGGCCAGCCUUCCUUUCCCCGUCGCUCGACGCGCUGAAGGAGAAACUGUACCAAGUAAACGGAUUCAACGCAGCUCUCAGCGACGAGAUCUCCGUGAAUCGAUCGGUGCCUGACAUUCGCCAUCCGGACUGUAGGAAGAAGAAAUACCUGAAGAACCUAGACCCGGUCUCUGUGAUAGUGUCCUUCCACAACGAGCACUUCAGCACGCUGCUGCGGACUUGCUGGAGCGUGAUCAACCGCUCGCCGCCCUCUCUCCUGGAAGAGAUCAUACUGGUGGACGAUGCCAGCACGAAGGUGGAGCUGAAGAAGAAGCUGGACGACUACGUCGACAGGAACUUGCCGAAGGUAACGAUCGUACGGUUACCGAGACGCUCGGGAUUGAUCAGGGGUCGGCUGGCGGGCGCGAAGAAAGCCCGAGCGAAGGUGUUGGUGUUCCUGGACUCGCACAGUGAAGCCAACGUGAACUGGCUGCCGCCGCUGUUGGAGCCGAUCGCGCAGGACUCCAAGACCUGCGUCUGCCCGUUCAUCGACGUGAUAGCUUACGAGACCUUCGAGUACAGAGCUCAGGACGAGGGCGCUCGUGGCGCCUUCGACUGGGAAUUGUACUACAAGCGGUUGCCGCUGUUGCCAGAGGACCUGAAGAGACCCGCUGAACCCUUCAAAAGCCCGAUCAUGGCCGGCGGUCUGUUCGCCAUCAGCACCAAGUUCUUCUGGGAGCUCGGCGGCUACGACCCGGGCCUGGACAUUUGGGGCGGCGAGCAAUACGAACUCUCCUUCAAGAUCUGGCAGUGCGGCGGGCACAUGUACGACGCGCCCUGCUCCCGAGUCGGCCACAUCUACCGGAAGUUCCCGCCAUUCCCCAACCCGGGUCGCGGUGACUUCCUCGGCAAGAAUUACAAGAGGGUCGCCGAGGUAUGGAUGGACGAAUACGCGGAGUACAUCUACAAGAGGCGGCCGCACAUGCGCGCCCUGGAUCCCGGAGAUCUGUCGGAGCAGAAGGCCCUGCGGGCGAAGUUACACUGCAAACCGUUCAACUGGUUCAUCAAGAACAUAGCCUUCGAUCUCGUGGAGGUUUACCCGCCGAUCGAGCCGGACGACUUCGCCUCGGGCGAGAUCCGGAACAUGGGAGCGACCGACCUCUGCCUGGACUCGAAGAAGCGGAAGAGGGACGAGCUCGUCGUAGUGGACACCUGCAUGAAGGACAACCCGAGGGUGUCCGGGGAGCAGGAGUUCCGGCUGACCUGGCACAAGGACAUCAGGCCGAAGGACCGCACGGAUUGCCUGGACGUGUCGAGGGGCGAGGAGAAAGCGCCGGUCAGCCUGUAUCCCUGCCACGGGAAGCAGGGCAAUCAGUUGUGGCGUUACGAUGUCGAGAAGCAGUGGCUGAUGCACGGUUACUCGUCCCGCUGCUUGGACGCCGACCCGGCCAGCAAGAGGGUCUACGCGACCGCCUGCGACAAGUCGUCGGCCACGCAGAAGUGGCGGAUAGAGCAGGUCAGCAUGAAGGCCAUCAACAAUUGGGAGAACAUAGGACCCAAGCUCAAGUGAAAGAGAGAGAGAGAGAGAAUCUCUUCCCUCACACUGCCAUAAAGUUUCGCCAAUAGACUCCUCGCGUUGGGGCUCCCACUUGUAUGGAAACCCCACGAGCGAUCCAUUUAUACAUGUAUAUUCCUGGUAACUAGUCAUCGCAAAUUCUCGAUUUGAGCAACCGACACACCGCACCCGGUAUCUCAGCGAUCGAUCACGAGAGAGAGGUAGAAUCGAUCGCGAGAGCGUCGAAUCAUUUUCAGCACGUAGCGUAGGGCGAAAUUUUCGUUCCUCGGCAAGAUCGUUGGACUGGACUCUGGGAUAGCGAGCGUCUUCGUAUCGCGACCAAUAUGACUCGACACAUAUCGCAUAAGCGCUCUAUCGUGCCUUACAUUAUAUAGCUACACUUAGUAAGUACGACGUGUGAAUCGUAACGAUUUUAACGUAUAUAAGUUCGCCCCUUCGCUCAAAUUAAUGUUACGACAGCCGCUGUCCUAUGUCCUUUUAAUAUCGCUUAUUAAACAGGACUGACGUUUCAUUUGUACUAUAGUGUAAGUCGCGGUAAGACGAGCGGUGUAUCUCAGACCGCUCCGCCGAGAGAUCGCGAAUGCGAUUUAUAUAAUACUUAUAACGAUUCAUUCCAUUAUUAUUAGUCUACAUAAGUCUACAUCAGUAACAUAAAUGAUUAAUUGUUUAAUCGUAUAAACAAAUAUUACGAGCGGAUUACUUUCAAAACGGAGGUGAUCCUCCAAUUUGUACGUGUUGUCAACAGAUUGCAGGAUAACUUGAAGCACGCGAGAAAAGGAUUUCUUUGAAUUUAACAGAAUUUCUUUAACCGAAACAUAUUUGGAAUAGAACGACCCGAAUGUUCGUUUCAACAAACGGGAUUGUUUGGUUCCUCAAACACAUUUCUCUUAUAUUUUCAUCCAAACAUCGCAAUGGUUGUCACAGGGAUACAAUAUUGGGGAGAAGUAACAUUAUGUUAGAAACAUAUUGAAGAACUUCUUUUCGUUUCGGUGAAACAAUAUUUAAUAUGCGAUGAAAUGAAUUUUUUUUUUACUGAAAACAAAAUAUUUUCUUUAAGUAAUACUAAAAGAAAAACUACAUCCACAUGAACCUUUUCUUCUGCGUAGAUGUAUCUUUUUCGACAAGAGGGAUGUAUUGUCACACAAUAAGCAUGUUAGGAAAUAGAUAACGUAUAUGAUUCGCCUUGGUAUCGUUCAAUACAUACUUCUUUUGAUCGGAUAUCGAAGAAAUGGAUAUGGAUUAUCCGAGGAAAUACUCAAAUGAACGAUCACUUUCGCGCGAUUGCUUCUUAUCGCGGAUUAUUCUACGGGGUAUUUAUGUCCGAUUGAAAUCGAGCGCGGGAGACCCGUUGAAAUGAAUUUAGACAACAAGAUCAAUUUGAAAUAUCGAUUCGUUACAUCUCUGUCGGUGUUUUCGUUUACGUUCAAGCGCGGAUCUUUAAUAAAUACGGAACGGCAAGCGGAAAGGAAUUGUUAAACUGUCUGUGAUCGUCGGUGUCGGGGCUAAUCUUUGAUUAUUACGACUAUUUUUGUAACGACUAUUUAUGUAUGAUUUAAUAAAAGUUUGUAUUGAACCCUCCCA